AUGGUGAAAAACGAAAUAUCAUCAAAUGUAAAUAAAUGGGAAAGAGAAAUGCCACCGUCCCAUUACAUUGAUUCUUUCUCCAAACUUGCUACAAUGCUGUCGAAAGGCGGACGACAGUAUUUCAAGUCCAAAACUUUUGAUGCUAGUGGAUAUAAAUGGAAUUUCUUGAUCUAUCCCGAUGGUGAUGAAAAGACUGAUAGUAAAGGACACAUCUCAGUGUCGGUCUGUAUUGAAGAUACAGCUACAUUGCCCAAGAUUUGGGCAAAAUAUGCUGAGUUGAAGUUUUUUAUAUAUGAUCAAGCGCGCAAAAAAUACUCCAUCUUUCAAGUUGGAGGAUCGAGCAACUUACAUGACUUCCAUAGUCUGAAAACAGAAUGGGGUAUCACCAAAUUGGUUUCUCGUGCUGCGUUUGAUGAUCCUGCCAAUGGGUAUCUUGUUAAUGACAAAUGUGUUUUUGGUGUUGAAGUUUUCUUGCUUGAUUCUCAGUUUUCCGAAGAAAGUUUGAGCAUGUGUGUGGAAGGUUACAAGACUUUUACUUGGACAGUAUCUGACUGCAGCAACUUGGGUGAUGAAGUUCAUUAUUCUUAUGAAUUUCCUGUGUCCUCCUUCAAAUGGCGGAUACAACUUUCUGGUGGGGAACAUCUCUCACUAUGUUUGGAGCUUGUUGAUGAAAAAAUUAGUUGUGGAAAACAUCAAGAGGGGGAAGCUUGUGGAUUUAUUACUCCAAAAUUAAACUGGGGCUGGACUAAAUUUGCGCGGUUGACUGAUUUCCAAGAUUUGUCAAAGGGUUCUGUCGAUAGCAAUUGUAUCGAAAUUGAAGCACGUAUCAUGAAUAUCUACACCAUUAACAGUUAG